UAGAUCAUGGGCUCUGAUAUGAUUGCAGCGUGAAGGGAUCUCAAUCAAAUGUAUAAAACGAAGGCAGAUGACUCCUCGAGUCACAUUUGACUAACAUCUUCCUUUGAGAACGCACCAGAGCAAUCAACCAUGAAAUACUUGAUUAUUUUGUCAGCCAUCUCAUGGGCUACGGCAGCUCGACUUGAAAACGUUUAUCUGCCACCUGAUUCCGCUGCAUCGGGUGGAGCAAAUGCAGGUUUACAAACGCCUCUCGGUCCAGAAUCUCCGGAGUCAUACCAGGCACCAUCAGGAUUGUACCAAGCACCAGCUAGAUCGUACCAAGCCCCAGUGGGAUCAUACCAAGCACCUGCUGGAUCUUACCAAGCUACUGCUGGAUCCUCCCAAGCAUCAGCCAGCAGCCAGGCCCAGAUAUUAAGAUAUGAUAAUGAACAAGAUGACCAGGGCUGGCGCUACGCUUAUGAAACCAGCGAUGGAACCAAAGCCGAACAGAAUGGUCGUAUAAUCCCCGGUUCUCUUCCCGAGCAGGGUUCGCCCGCAGUAACAGGUUCAUUCUCCUACAUUGGCAACGAUGGACAGACCUACUCCGUUUCUUACACCGCUGAUGAGAACGGCUUCCAUCCAAGUGGCGACCACCUCCCCACUCCACCACCCAUCCCAGAAGAGAUCCUAAAAAGUUUGCAGCUUACUGCCGUAAACGAUGAUAAAUACAACAGUCGGAAAAGCAGUUACGACGCAGACGCUGGGUACUAAUAGUAUAAUAUAAAUAACUAUCAAUUAUUCAGUAAAAGUCAAUAUUUCUGUAAAAUAAUUAUUAUGUUUAAUGUUUGUAUAUAUAUAAGAUACAUUAUAUUUGGUUGAACAAUGGCCAGUACUUAAUAUGUUUAAAAUAAAACAGUUAACAAAGA